CUGACAGCAGGCCGAGGCCGCUGUCCUCGUGGAACAACGGAAGAAGCGGCGUCUCGCCUUCCCCCGCCCCCGCGCCCCCCUCUCAGGACAAAAUUGGGAGCCAAGCCUGCACCUGAAGCCAUGAAUACAAACAACCAGUGGGAUGUGAACAAAGCACUAACUCUUGCUAGCCUCUUCCAUUUUCUUUAUGGUGCAGGAAAUGCCUGUGCAAUUCCAUUUUUAACUCUGUACUUUCGGCAGCUUGGACUGACUGCACCAUUAGUAGGGAUUAUAAUAGGAUUAAAGCACUUAGUCACUUCUCUUUGGGCCCCACUGUGCUCCUAUUUAGCAAAAACUCACAAUAAGAGAAAAGUUCUCAUCAGUGGAUCACUACUGUGCUCAGUUGGAGCAAGCUUGCUUCUCACUCUUGUCCCACCACCGAGCAAGGACAUUGUCUAUAGGUAUUGUAAUGUGAGCCAGCAUCCACAUAAAUUACUGACAGCAAACCAGGUGCCUGAUGUAAAUGUGAACAGUCCAAGUACGAUGAAUGUUAACCUUGCCUCUGAUGACAAAACACAAUCUACUGAAUCAUUUGGAAUAAUUUCUAAGGACUUGAUUACUACUGGAAAGCCAAUAGUAACAAAUGCACCCUUCAAAAUUUAUUCCACUAUUAAUAUCCCUUCUGUGAUCAACAGUGGUGUCAACGAUGGUGAUACAAGUACCCAGCAAUUCACAGAUGUUCCGUAUGGUGUGCUAUCUGGUACUUCUGGGAAAGAAGUUUCCGCAGGAGAACAAACUUUUGAGACACUGACUGUAAACAGGCCUGUGAAGGCAACUAGUAGCCCACCUGCUGAUAUGAAUAUUGAAGAAAAAUUUGUGGGAAAUGACUCUUCAGAAACAAAUGCUAACUUCUCAUUUUACACAGCCCCUGUACCUCUUAAAAAGACACAAUAUAUACUCAAAAACUUGUCAGGUCGCUGGGAAAGAGCAGAGGAUAUGAGCUCUUGGUUACUACAAGGUACUGACUUCUUGGACAGUGAGCACCAGGCCUUUCUUAUGGUGCUAGGUGCUAUUGUUCUUUGGGAGCUCCUGGCUGCACCUCUUGGAUGGAUGGUUGAGGACAGCCUCUAUGAGUACCUUGAUUUUGUUGAUGCAGCAGACAAAUAUGGAAAUCUUUGGAUUUGGAGUUACUUAGGAGCAUCAAUGGGUGUCUGUGGUAUAGCAAUAAUUGUGGAUCAGCUGAGUUGCUUCUUGAGCACGAAUAUCCCACGUUUUGCAGUGCAUUUUUAUGGCUAUGCCAUGUUGCUAACUUUAACGUUGGCUGUCAGUUUCUUCUUUCCCAUUCAUGUGUCCAAAAAAAGUGAACAUGUAAACAAAACAGUCAAAGCUUUAAACCUGAUUGGGAGCGACGGCAGAACCAUCCUGUCUGCAGUAACCGUCUUCCUCACGGGUGCCAUUGGGUCAACUGUGCAGAAUUUUCUUUUCUGGCAAAUGCAAGACCAAGGCAGCAGUGAAUUAUUCAUGGGUCUCUCAGUGGCCAUUGGACUGAUUGCCGAAAUCCUGCUCUCCAUCUUCAAAAGCAAGUUGCUAAGGGCUCUCUCAGCUGGUGGCACAGUUGCCUUGAGUUUAAGCUGCCUUGCAGCACAGCUGCUCUACUAUUCCUUCCUAUGGAACACCUGGUCUGUGCUGCCAAUCCAGAUCUUCUGUGCCUUCAGCAAUGGUGCCUUGUGGUGGGCUGUGAACAUGCUGGCAGAUGACAUUGCCACUCCUGGCACAGAGAGGUCUCUCCACCUUGUCCUACAGGGCCUCUCUUGUGGCUGUGGAGCCAGUCUGGGAAGUUUCGCAGGAGGGUUUGUUGUGAACAGCUUUGGCCUAGCAGUGCUCUAUCGGGCAUGUUCCAUUACUUUAAUACUCUGGUUAAUCUUGUUCUUGAUUGUCCAAUCCAAGUUGCCACGUCAAAAAAGAAUUAAUUACUCCCGACUCCUAGCUGCAGAUUCUAGUGAUAUGAGUGACUCUGAUGAUGAUGAUAAGGAAAGGGACUGGUUGGUGAAAGCUAUGAAAGAUGAGAACUUCACUAGGAAUUGGUAAAAAGUCUUGCAUUUCAUCGGUCUGUCGGGCAAAGAACAGACUUCAGAGGAAUAGGGUGAUGCUAUUAGAAAUGAUGCACAUGGAAUCUGUAAGGAGCCAUUCUACUAGCAGUGGGAUUUUAUGAUGUACAUAUUUAUAAAGAAAGCAAUUAUAAAGAUUUUAUAAAGAUUUUAUUUUCUUAAGAUUAAUUUAUUGCAAAAAACUUGUAGCAUUUUAUUUGCUUUUCUAAGAUUUAAGUUUUCAUGAUCCAAGGAAAUGGGACUUUGACUAGUUUCUGCUGAAAUUAAUAGUUUUUCAGCUUCAAUAGUGACAAAAAUUGGUUAUCUUUAGAGACCCAGCUGGCCAUAUAGGAGGUUGUAAUUCAUAGCAAUUUAAUAUUUUGUUUCACUACUAGUUAAUUCCUAGUAGAUAACAUGCUGUCUCUUCUUUCAAUUUUGUCCUCAAUUGGGCACAAACUGCUGUAGAAACAAAUAUGCUGAUUCUUUAUUUUUAUGGAUCCAACAUCUUUAUGGAAACUAGCACUUUAAAUAAGUGGGCCUUGAUUCUGGAAUAAAAUUGUCUAGUGGCUAUGUAGAUUUUAUUGCUGGCAAAGUUUGCGGCUUCCUUUGGUCGGUAUUAUACUGAAAGAAAAUAUUCUUUCAGAAUAUCUCUCAGCUCCUGAGUGGGAACUUCCAUACAAUAUAAACAUUUCUUUUUAAACAUCUUACAUCUGUAAUGUGAAUAUAAAAUCUACAUUGGUUAGAAUGCACACGCAGUUCACAAAUCUCUCAUCUACUUUCUAUCCUGCAUUAAUAACAUAUGUGGAAACAUUAGACCCAAUGGAUGAGGAAGCAAAGUUUCUAGGAUGUAAGGCUUUGCCUCUUUUAGGUGAUGGAUAUUAAUAAUAAUUUUUUAGUACUCAUAGGGCUUUGCUUAAACACUGUGAGAGGAAUUCAGUGUCAAGCUAUUAUAAUUUCUGCUUGCCAGAUGGAACAAUCGUCCCUCUCCUAAGUCCUCCCCAGAGUCAAUGAGGGGCAGGCACAGAGGGAGAAGAGGGAGGGAAAUCCCCAUUGUGCUAGCAGGACUCAUUGCAUUGGCUCUUUCUAGCGCAACAGUUUAGUUGAAUCCAGCCCUCAGCCAUCUAGUUUGACUGAUUCACUUUACUCAGGCAAGGGAACAAGUUAACCAAAGUAGAGGGCUAUAAAACCCACAUGUUUGGCUGAGAGAAUAUACACUUUCAGCUUUAUAUGUGUGUGUUGGAGAAGAGCUAUAUCUUUAUUUCAUAGCGGAAUCAUGAUUCAGAAGGAUGUUAGAAGCAUCAUGGGAAGUUGGAAGGUGGCCUUUCAAAUGCACACUACAGAGAAAUCCACCUUUUAAUUUAAAUUGUCACACAUUUCAAGCUAUUAGAAAAUUCCCUCUCAUUUCUCCAGUGCAAACUGCUGCUAACAGGUUGCCUUUUGAUGGGAGGAAGCUUGGAUAUGAUGUUUUACUGUUCUGCAGUAGCUUGUCCCCAUGCCACAGCCUUGAUCCAAAUCAUCUUUCUAUAGGUGGUAAUAGCCAUGGAGAGGGCAAUCUACAGGCAAAGGUUUUAUGCCCAAAUGUUCCCCUUCCACAGCUAAUAGCAACUUCAUGAAGCAGGAACAUUAAACUGGUGAAUCACCACAUGAGCAAAGGGUGUCCCUUGGCCCAGCUGCUUUUUGAAAAGAAAAAAGAUGUUGGGAGUUCAAGUCAUGAAACUCCCAUAUCCUGUCUAAAUUGUCUGAAUUUAUCAAGUUGCUUUUCAUGUGUUUUGCAUGAAUGCUAGGCAUGUUGCUCUGAAUGUUGUUGCCCUUUGGCUAAGAAAAUAGUAUUGACCACACCCUAUGUUUACAUAUUGGUAGUUAUGGGUAUGGAAAAGUGUGUGGUGUUGUAAGUAAACACCAACUUGUAUCAAGAAUUAACAAUAUAAACUGUCCUUACAGAGAACUUUAAUAAGUAUUUGAUGUAGUAGUAAUUUUCCCUAGCAAGUUUUCACUUCAGCAGAGGUUGAUAGGCAGAACAGUAUUACGAAAAUAUGGUGCUUUGAGAAGCAAGUUUUACCAUUCAUCAGUAAGAUUUGUUACUCAUUCUAGAUUGCACAUUUAACAGCUCGCUCUGGUGCAAAUCUGUUUUUGUGACUCACAGUCUUCUGGUAAAAUUGCUUGGUGGAAUGAUUUGUCCUAGUGCCACAUUCACAAGCCAGUCCAAACAAGGACAUGGUUUGAGGUGGAAGCCCUGAUUGCUCUCUGUUUGGGAAAAGUUUUGCCAUUCUCAGCUGUGUCCCAGAAUGCUGCUGGUUUGCUUUGUCCAUAUAACUCAGUGGAAGCCAUUGAAAACAAAAUCUGUCUCUGUCCACAUAGAGCCAUCCUUCAUUGGCAUAACUCUAGCCCAGGUUCUCUUUCUCGGGUUGACAAAAAAUAGAACCCAAUAGCUUGGUUGUAAGUAUAUGAUGACAUUUGGCAUUACUUUGGGAGGGGGGGGGUAAUAUAUAUGAGGAUAUUUAUGUAUAUAUAUUGUACAAAUUUUACAAAUUGAUUAAUAUUCAAGAAGUUAAUGAAUGAGCUAAGCAAAAAAUAACCAUACCUAUAUCUAAUGAGCUGAAUGUUUUUUGAUAAAAGUAUCAAAUAGAUGUUCUCAUAAAAUGCUAUAAUUAUUCAAAUUCAUAAAUAUAUUCCAUAAGAAAAUAUUGCUAUAUUAAUACUGCAGCUACUAAAGGAUUACAAAAAGAUCCUAUAAAUGCAAAUCUGACUGGGUCUUCUUAUAUUAUAAAAAGCCAUGUUUUCUGUAUUUUCCCAAAUAAAAAGCUUUGAUUGAUUUCAUCUCAUUCUUCGUUAUUCCAGUAAAGGACAGACUGACACAAUUUUUCAAUAAACAUGUAAUCAUGUUGUCUGCUUUGCUUCCCACUGAUUAUAUCUGUCAGUUUCCCCACAUAAACUCUGUGUGAGGAUAUUUUAUAGGAUUAUGACAUCUGCACACAGUGUUCUUUAAUGUACAUGAGUUUGAUCCUGAAUUGUUAAAUGCAGCUGUAGAAAUAAUUUCAAAAUGCAUUUUUAAAUGUCAGUGUUACGUUAGCAAGUGAUGACUGGCAGUAUUAAUGUUAAUUACAUAGCUUUAGUAAUGAGUGGCAUUAAAGACUAACUUUUAAGCAUCUCAGUGCAUUAAUGCACUUAAGUAACAAAAAUCCAAGAGAUUGAUCCAGUCGCAACAGAGCAUUUUAAGACCUAUUAAAUUACUUUUUAAAGAUAAUGUAAUCAUAUGCACAUUUUCCUGCCAAGUAAGCCUCACCGAACUCAGUGGGAUGUCUUGAGCACACAUGCAUAGAUAGAAGAAAUGCACUGCAGAGCACAUGUUUAACUCUUCUGUGAAGCCAGCAGGACAUAAAAAGCUAAAGUUUGGUUGGAUUGUGCUGCUACCGUAGGUUUGAGGGAAAGCAGAAUUUUACCACAUGAUAAGGGCAACAAACAUUCUGACCUAACCCAGCCAUAAAGUUUGUGGGGUGCUUUACUUUUCCAUCUUGUUGUUGAUAUAGCACAGGCAUUAGCCAGUCAGCAGUCAAACCAUAAGUCUCUGGCUUUUCCUCAGUGCCUUCGAAAUAUGUAGAACCAUCUCUUCUAGAGCUUGUUCCAGAAUAUGUUUUCAGGGCAGCAAAGAUGCUUUCAAAGCAAUGCCUUCCUAUGUAAAAUGUUAAGGCUGUCUUUACUGUAAACCCACCCAUUUUUUUUUCUUCCACAUGGAGAUUUCUUCAUCUUCUAAUAUGUUAUAGUAUCAAUGUGCAACCUGAUCUUGUGAAUUUAUGCUGCUCUUGUGCAUUGAUCACUGGAGUCUAGUUCAGUUUUGUUUUUAUCUCGGAAUCCCAUAAUUAUUUUAGUUAGGUUUGCAGGUAAAGAAACAUUUUUAAUUGCCAUCUCUUCAAACUGCUUGGUAUCUGGAAACUAAGCUGUGCAUUUCUGGUUUUCAUUUCAAAUUGCAAAACUGCAACCUCUUCUUGAAUGUUCUUAGAGUUCAGGUCAAAUAACAUAUAAUAUGGUGUGCUGAUUGCAUCACCUUCUACCAAGACAUGCUUUUAUCCUUGUAACCAUAGAUAUUGCCUUCUGUAACACCUCUCAGUGUUUGCCUUCUCCUGAAACCUUUUUCCAAGCACUAGGUGGUGGUAGUAACUUGAUAAGGCUGAAUGUGUUGUUUAGAAGACUUGCAAUUAUUUCCACUGGAUGUGAUUUCUUGCAGGAAUUCAAAUUUUCUGUGACUUGCAUAGAGUCUCACAGAUUGCCUCAGUGCCAUGUCUCCAAAGAGUGUAGACUGAGAGAAAUUUUCGAUUUCUGUGUAUUUGUUAUGUACAACUCAUUCCAGGUUCUUCAAAAGAUUCAGCAUAAUCGGCAAACAUUCUCACAAAAGACAUUCAGUGAGGAAUUUACAGUCAAGCUUGAGAUAUGAUAUGUUCAAGGCAUGAAAAUUCAUGUUUUAUAAAUAGCAUUUACUUAGCUCUGCUUUUAGCAAAUUGGUCUCAUUCUGCCCUUUUCUGUCAGAUAGCUAAAAGCAGCUGUGUAAUUUCUUCAUCAUCUGUGUUAAUUCUUCAUCUUCAUCUGUAAUAAACUCCAUUUAUUUUGAUACUAUAUUAUAAUACUGCUCUUCAUUUUUCCAGUGUGUAAAGUACCUGAUGUAAUGAGAACCACUGGAACUGAAUUUUGUCUUGGCUAUUCAUGAGGUCCCA